UGGUGGCAGAGCGGCGCCGCUGCUUGUACCAAAACAAAACCACCGCAAGUGGUCCUCCCUCCUGUCACACAUCCCCGAGUGUCAGAGCUGUGUUGUCCGGUGUACCAAGGACAGUGGAGCUAGUGUGUUACAAAAGAAGCGUACCGAAAUACUCAGCGGCCGGCUGUUUGUCGAUAAGCUUACAUUUUAGAUAUGACUCAGCGUAACACUGUUGUCAAGCUUGCCAGCUAGUGGUGUGUGACCAGGAGGGAGAGGAAGGAGACAGCAGAGAGCAUGGAGCUGUCAGAUGGCUUGCUGCUGCAGGUCAGCAAUGGAGAGCAGUGGUGUAACCGCUGGAAACAUCCCAAUGAAGACUCGGACCGCAGCACCAGCCCUUCAGUCCUGCGUAAUGUCGCCAGCACGUGGAAGGAGGGUCUGCUGAACAGAAAGAGGCCCUUUGUGGGGCGCUGCUGUCACUCCUGUACACCACAGAGCUGGGAGAGACUGUUCAAUCCCAGUAUUCCAUCUCUGGGUCUGCGAAACGUCAUCUACAUAAACGAGACCCACACUAGACAGCGGGGCUGGCUGGCACGCAGACUGAGUUAUGUGCUUUUCGUUGUGGAGAGAGAUGUCCACAAGGACAUGUUCACCAGGAACAUGGUGGAUAACGUACUCAACAACAGCAGGGUGGAGGAUGCUAUUGUGACAGUAGCAACAGACUUGGAUGCUGCAGCCAGCCAGCCUGGCCAGGAGCACAAAGCUGUCAGCAAAGUAAAGCAGAAAGCCAGGGCCUUCCUCCAAGAGAUGGUUGCUAACAUUUCCCCAGCCUUCAUUAGGCUAACUGGUUGGGUGCUUUUGAGGCUGUUUAAUGGCUUCUUCUGGAGCAUCCAGAUCCACAAAGGACAGCUGGAAAUGGUGAAGAAAGCUGCUACAGAGCAAAAUGUGCCGAUGGUCUUCCUCCCAGUUCACAAAUCCCACAUCGACUACCUGCUCAUCACGUUGAUUCUGUUCUGUCAUAACAUCAAAGCCCCGCACAUCGCUGCUGGAAACAACUUAAGCAUCCCCAUCCUCAGCACCCUGAUCCGUAAACUUGGAGGUUUCUUCAUACGACGAAGAAUGGAAGAGUCUGCAGAUGGAAAGAAAGACAUUUUGUACCGAUCUCUUUUGCAUGCAUACACAGAGGAAUUGUUGCGGCAGCAGCAGUUUUUGGAGGUCUUUCUGGAGGGGACUCGGUCGCGCAGUGGUAAGCCAUCUCCAGCACGUGCAGGCAUGCUGUCUAUCGUGGUUGACACAAUGUGCACGGGGGCCAUCGGAGACGUGCUGGUGGUGCCAGUUGGCAUCUCCUAUGACCGCAUUAUUGAGGGAAACUACAAUAGUGAGCAGCUGGGCAAGCCGAAGAAGAACGAAAGCUGGUGGGGAAUAGCAUGUGGUGUGUUCAGGAUGUUGAGGAAGAACUACGGUUGUGUCCGUGUUGAUUUCAACCAGCCCUUCUCCCUGAAGGAGUACUUGGACACCCAGAGAAGCCGUCAUAGUCCACCACCUGUAUCUCUGGAACAUGCUUUGAUGCCCACCAUUAUUUCUGCAGAGCCUGAUGCUCAGCUGUUUGAUGGACAGGAGGAAGAGCAGGUGAACAGAGAGCUGCCCGAGGACAUCUCUAGACGACAGCUUAUCAACAACCUGGCCAAGCACGUUCUCUUUACGGCCAAUAAAUCGUCAGCAAUCAUGUCGACCCACAUUGUGGCCUGUCUACUGCUGUAUAGACACAGACAGGGGGUGGUGUUGUCCAAGCUAGUGGAAGACUUCUUCAACAUGAAGGAGGAGAUCCUGUCACGAGACUUUGACUUGGGCUUUUCGGGGAACUCAGAGGACGUGGUCAUGCGUGCUCUCCACCUCCUGGGGAACUGCCUCAAUGUGACCAGCAGUUCUAAUCGCAAUGGAGAGUUUACCAUUGCACCUAGUCAAACUGUACCUGCGCUUUUUGAGCUCAACUUCUACAGCAACGGCCUUUUCCAUGUAUUCAUUUCUGAUGCAAUCAUUGCCUGUAGUGUCCUGUCGCUGCAGCGAGAGCUGGUCAUGGAAUCAGAGUCUGCUCGCCAGCCUGGCAAUCCCAGUAGUCAUCUUCUAAGUCAAGAGAGACUCAUCCGCAAGGCCGCUGGUCUCUCCCACUUCCUUAUCAAUGAGGUGGCUGUAGCACCACCUUGCCAGACUAUUUACCAGGUUUUCCAUGACACAGUAACCAGGCUGAUCCAGUAUGGAGUUCUUUAUGUGGCAGAGGAGGACCAGGAGGAACUGAGCCCAAGCCCCACAGAUGAGCCGUGGCCCAAAAAGUUUGCUGAGCCCCUUUCCUGGAGAAGUGACGAAGAGGAUGAGGACAGCGAUUUUGGAGAGGAGCAGAGAGAUCGCUACCUUAAGGUGAGUGUUUCUGCAGAGCACCAGGAGUUCUUUGUCUUCCUUCAGCGGCUGCUCAGCCCGGUGCUGGAGGCCUACAGUGGGGCUGCGAUCUUCGUCCACAGUCUGAGCCAGCCCAUGGUCGAGUCCGACUACACCCAGAGGCUCUUCAGAUACCUGCUCACACGCACAGAAAGAGGAGUGGCUGGUUAUGGUGAAAGUGCAACUCAUUAUCUGGUUAAGAACACCGUGAGGACAUUCAAGGAGCUCGGGGUCCUAAAGGAGAGGAGAGAAAACAAGGUGACAACUCUGGAGCUAAGCGGCACCUUUCUACCUCAGGAAAAUCGGAACAAACUCCUGCAGUACAUCUUAGGUUUCACUCUGCUGUGACCGCGACGCGCGUCACCCAGCUCGGACCCCAGGCUCCUUCCAAUAAAGGGCUUCUACUGGUUACUUCUAAACAGUCCCAGGUGCUACUCUGUGGAAAGCUUUACCAGGAAGUGCCUUCACGUAAAAGCAGCUAACUAUCAGCUGUAGUCGGAAGAGACUUGAAGCCAGUCUUCCCUUUCUUCUUUUUUUUUUCUUUUCUUUUUGUUUCAGUCUCUGACUUCCUGUGUUAGAACCGCGCAGUUGAUUUAACACGUGCAUUGAAGGGGUCCCUCUAGGAAUCGUUCGUUGUGAACUUUGCAGAAGUCAAAAGGUUUUAAUAUGGGAAAAAAUAAUUUAACCGUGCAGUCUGAACAAAGCAAAGCUGCCUUUUGUCUAUACAAGUGAACAAGUAAAAUAUGCAUAUAAAAUAACUGUAAACAUAACCAACAACAGAGGCAUUUUUAUGUUAACUCUUUGUGCUUGUUUAUAAAGUUGCCGUAUUCUCUCCAGUGCACUCUAAUAUCUUACAGUUUAAAAUGUGUUGCCUGUACAUAGAACGUAGAACAACUUCAUUUAUAGUGCACUGAAAUUAUUACACUCUGGUGUAAUUAAAGAGAAGAGUUCGCUGUACUCAGAGAGAUACAGUGCACCUGCAAAUUGUGUACAUAUCCAAGGUUUCAGUGGCAAAAUGUAUGAAUUUAAAUCUCCAUACGGUGAAGGUCAGUUAUUUCUAGUUGUUGUUUUUUUUUGUUUGUUUUUUUUAGAUAAAAACAAUCAGUGUGCAGUUUGGCCCAUGAACAAUAUUUACUUAGCGAAUGCAAUAUGUACCUGUUGAAAGUCUGGCGUAGUCAAGGCCUAAAACAAUGUCCACCUACAGUUAAGUGCAUUCAAACCACUAAUAUCUAAGUGCAUUCACUUAAACUUUUCAUAUGAAAAGUGACUUUGAUCUCUUUUCUUUUUGCAGAACACCUCACUUUUCGAUGAAUGUUACACAGCACAGCACUUAAAGUAAUGAAUACCAGCCAUCACACCCACUUUUAUUCUAAUAACAACACGCUCAGACACUCUGUGACAUGCCUUUCAGGAAAAGCAGAUAUUUGGGAUUACCACCUCUUUUUUUUUUUUUUCUU